AUGAUGAAGAUGGUAUCCAAACAACCGUGGGCUGUCCUCUUCCUCACAUUGUCGUCUCUAUUUUCCGUGAUUCUGUGCGGCACAGCGGAGGAGGAGGAGGAGGAGGAGGGCUUCAGUGCUGAGGUACAGACAGUCUUAUCACUGGGUUUGAUCUGUGAUUAAUUAUUUCAAGAUAAAUUGGACAGUAAUGACUGUAUAUGCUGGAUUAAAGUCCAAAUGCUCAUGUUACUUGAAUUUAUUGCAUCAAGUAAGCCUCUCCACUGCCCAGAGGAAUUGACCUCUUGACCUAUUAAUAAUAUUGUGUAUAAAAUGCAUGGAUAGGGUCAAUCUAUUCAAAAAACGGUAACAUUAAGAUACUGUUAGUUGACUUUUGCUGUAGAUGCAUCUUAAAAAUAUGAUCGUUUCAGAGCUUCAGGUUGAACAUGUAUCAUGGAUUAAUCCGCCAGGUUAUGGUUCUCACGAUCAAAUAAUUAGUAUUUUAAAGUUUUAUAUAACUUUUCUUAAAAAAUUGAUCACAGUGUCCAAAGUGGCAUCUUCAAGCUGCUUCUUUUGUUCUACCAACUCUUAAAAACCCCAACACUUUUGUCUACAGUCAUAUGAAAAACAGGAGCAGAUCCUUACUUUGAGGAGCUGGAAACUACUUUUUUUAACUUAAAAAUGCCCCAAAUUAUUAUCCAAUGUCACGUCUUUCACCUCCAAAUGUCUUGUUAGUCAGUUAAUUGAUAAUUUAUUAAUUAUUUGGACCAAGGGCACAUACCAGGUGCUACACUUCGAUUUACCCACUGAUCAAUAGACAACUAUUAGACAUCUAUUUUUUUUUUAAUCUAAUUUCAACUGUCUAGAUUCUGUAUAUUUUUAGACUGAAUUUAGGUGUUGCACUUUAACCCAUUAUUCAAUAACUAUUUAUGUCAGAAAGCAACUGUGAGUUGCAUAACUGAUCUCCAGGUAUAAAUAUAGAUCUCCAAAAUAAUUAUGAUAGCCGUUGAGCAAUAUACAGUUUAGUAUAGAUAUAGCCCACAUUUAGACUAAAGUCUUAAUUUGGUCUAAAUUUAGAUGUCUAAAAUAUUUAAAAUUUUAGACCUGUGGUAGCCUGAUUUUAGACCAGUCUUGGCUACAUUUAGACAUCUAUUAGACCUCUUUUAGAUAAAAAAAUGCUCAGUGGGUAGCAUCUCUUGGCAAAAUUUGUAAACAGAUCUAACAAUGAAUAUAGUAAAUCAAAGACACACUAAAAGUAGCAGGUUGAUGAGCCAUAAAUGCUUCUCUAAAUGCUCCCGUGAGAAGUUUUAACUUGGCAUCUAAAAGACUGAAAUGAACAGUAAUUCAGUAAUAAAUCUUUAUGGAAACAAGACCAUCAGCUGUAAGGUUAGCCAUUGUUUAUGUCAGUGGCUGCUGUAGAGGGUCAGCUGUCAGACCAGGUGAGUGACAACACACUGAAGAAAAUGUUUUUUUACACAUGAACAGGUCAGUAUUAGCAAAGAGAAAAGAGGUAUGACUUUGUCCACAGGAGGCGCCAAUCUAACAAGAUUCCUCACAGAAGCUUUUAUUUAUCGUCAUUUCAAACUGAAGUAUCCACAGCUGAACUAAAAAAGAUGUAGCUAUUUGGGGGGUACUACACCAUCUCAUAAAGAGACCAGCAUAGUUAAUUUGUAAGAGAUGUCCCAGUGACAUUGAGGAGGAGGUCUGAAAAACAGACAUGAAGAAUAACAAAGAGAAAAAAACGAUCUUAAUUAGCCAUCAGUCAAAUUGUUAUUCUUAACAUCUGUACUGUGAUCAGCCCUGAUUGUCAUUGACAUUGUUUGCAGCUCUGAUCUUUUGUCUUCCUUUUUUGUAAAUUUGCUGUACUUCGAAGUAUAUUAAUAUAAAGAUGUUGGAGUAAGUGUUGUUUCUGCUGGUUCCUGCAGUCAGGACUUUGUUCAUGUUCAUCAAACCUUUCCACUCUGAAGAUACAGAAGCUGAGACACGUUGUGGCUCGCAGGAAUCAUCUGUCACAAACAUGUGCACACAUGAUGGGUUUGCUUGCUACAUGUGUGUGUGUGCGUGCGUGUGUGUGUGUGUGUGUGUGUGUGUGUGUUUUGCCCUCAGCCAGUGUUCAUCCUGAGCACGCAUGAAAGUUUAAGUCCCGUGAUCCAGCAGUCUGAGCAGGUCCAGUGUUGUUGUUGUUUUUCUGAGCUCUGCUGAUGAGGCUUCUUAAGGGGUAAAACUUGAAACUUCACAGAGAUCCCCCCCACAGGAGCCUUCAUCCUGUUUGCUUGGAGACGUGGCUCCACAGACUUAAUUUCACUGUCUGCAAACAUACAAUACAAGAGCCUGUUUCACACAAACAGACUGUCAGCCAGAUGUGUUUCCACGUUCAUCUCGAUCACAGAUGUGCACAUGUAGAGCUGUGUCUUCUCUCUGUGUCCUCCUAGUGAUAUACAAUCAAUUUAUUGUCCUUUUAGUGCUCCUGUUUGCAGAUCUUCCUCCCUGCUCCUCAUCUUUGCUGUCAGCAGGAGUAAAGCCAGGAAUGAGAGAGCAGGAAUGUUGUAAUGUUAAUAGAAGCCAUCUGCUUUCUUUUCUUUAACUCCUUACACACACUCUUUCUCUCUCUCUGUGUCUCUAUCAGACAGUGGCUUGUUUUUGGAUCAGCACUGCAGUGACUCACUCCCUGUUGUGGCUGUCAAACACAUUAUGUACUGUAUACAGUGUACAUCAAUCACACACAAAAGCAGACACAUAUUGGGCAACCUCUCCAUCUAAAAAGUAACCUUUUACUUUCUUCCUAACAGGCCUGGCUCCGUAAGUUUGGCUACCUGUCUCAGGCGAGCAGACAGAUGUCCACCAUGCAGUCGUCUCAGAUUCUGUCCAAAGCCGUCAGUGACAUGCAGCGCUUCUACGGCCUCCAAGUGACGGGAGAGAUGGAUGCUGCUACUGUUGCGUAAGCCCUUUUUUGUUUAAAUGAGCUGGAUUUUCCUGUCAAAGACACGUUUUUAUGUGUUUUUGACUUUACACAAAAUAAAUUCAGGGAUCCCGUAGGAUGUGUCAGAGCUCAGAGGAUUUGAUUUUCCAUUUAUCUGCACUUUUAAGGUAAGUUUCCUCGCUCUUAGAUGCAUCGUAUGCUUAAGAUAGAGUCAUAGAUCAGCGUACAGACUUCACCUCAAAAUAACAACUUUCAACAUGCAGAUUGAACUCUGACUUUCCCCAAUCAUAAAAAUAUAAAUAUAUCCUGUUUCAUUCACCAGUGGCUGCUAAAACAGUCCUAGUGAGGCCAGGAGGCUCGCACAGGAGUUUUAUUUUCCUUUCUCAUGUCACACAUUUGGCUAAAGAGGCCAGUUCAACGAUUGUGUCAUAUCCUCACAUUCAUCUGUGACCUUGAUUUGUUUUAUCAGGCCUUUGUUCUCAGCACGUAUGGAAGGAUUAAGGAAACAUCACAUUAGGUGGUAAACAAAUAGUUUGACAGUUUGGGGAAACACAUUACCCUGCAGGGAGUUACGUAAAAGGUUGGAUACUCUUCCAGUCUCUGUGAAAACCAUUAAGCUGCUUAUCUCACUUUCCUUUUUUCAAGUUAAGAUUCUGGCUGCUGCAUUUCAGACAAGCGGAAGUUUUCUGAGACUUUUUAGGGUGUUCUGAAAAAAGGGGUCACAACAAUGCGCUUCAUGAGUUGAAAGGUCAGCAUCUUUUAGAGCGUAGCGGAGUUUCGCAGCUCAAAGAAGAACAUUUAUGAUUAUUACUUCAUGGACAUGCAAUCAGAGUUCUUGUGUAUCUUGCAUGUGCACUGCAGACGCGGUAGUUCUUCUACCUUAGUGUAGUUCUUCUACCUCAGUCUGCUUUAAUUUCCAUGAAGUAAUAAUCAUUAAUUUUCCGCUGCACUCGGUGAUUGACUUGCUAUCCUGCGGUCGUUACUAAAGUUGGUAAAACUAGAGAAGCAAGUGGUCGGCAACAUUCAUCUCUUGAGGGGGUGUCUAACUUGGUGUUACUUGUGUAACUUAAAUUUACGCCGGAAUAUCCCUUUUGAAGUAUUUUGGAAAAAUCUGCAUCAGCCGAUAUCUUGGCUCAUCAGGCAGGUUCAAAGAUGAAUGAAUUCUGUUUGCCGCCACUGCAGGCUGCCUUUCCAGUGUGACUGCUGUUGAGCAACAUCAACAUCCUCUUAAAUGAAAGCAUGUUUUUCCCAUCCUAGAUGGAAGCAGAUCAUAAUAAAACAGUUACCGACAAGUGUUUAAAAUGUUUACUGGUACGAUACGUGAAAUAAUGAAUUUUAAUGUUGCCUCAGACAUGUAAAGUGCCCAUCACCUUGAACUAAUCUGAUUCACUCAACUCUACCACUGAGUCACUGACACCCAGCACCUGUUUCUUAUUAUAUGUGUUGUGUGUGUUUGUGUGUAGGGCCAUGCGUCGGCCUCGCUGUGGCCUCCCGGACAGAAAAGUGUCCGAGAUUGAAGAAGGUGCGAGGAAGAAACGUUACGCUCUGACUGGACAGCAGUGGGACAGAGACCACAUCACUUACAGGUUCACAGCCACAAAAGUGUUUUGACAACGGCGCAAUUUUCUCAACAAACAAGCUCUAAUAUGUUUUCUUCUGCCUUCAGCAUCAUGAACCAGCAAAUCCCGUCCUCGCUGGGUGAGGAGCGGGUGUUUGAUGCGAUCAGCAGAGCCUUUGACGUGUGGAGGAGGGUCACCCCGCUCACAUUUGAGGAGCUACCUACUGAAAACAACAUCAGCAUCAACAGCAGUCAGACUGCGCUCGCUGACAUCCUCAUAUUGUUUGCCUCUGGUUUCCAUGGAGAUAUGUCACUGUUUGAUGGCGAGGGGGGGUCUCUUGCUCAUGCCUAUUACCCAGGACCAGGAAUAGGUGGAGAUACACACUUUGAUGCUGAUGAGCCCUGGACUCUGGACAACCAAAACCCAGACGGUGAGUGGGUUGAUUUGUGUUUUAUCUAAAGCCUAAAUCUGUACACUUGUUUACAACCGUCACAGCAAACAGGAAACUGAAGUGGGAAAACUGAGAUCAAAGAAAAAAUACAUGUGAAUUGGAUAUUGGUCAUGAAGAGUGUUUGGGGUACCUGAGGCUGUAUCAGUCCAUCUACAAAGGAUGAUGCUCAGUGUGUGGGUUUGCAAAAAGCCAGAGAGAGAUCGAUCAGAUCUUGAGCCAUGGCCAUGCACCCCCCAUACAGAUGAUCCAAACAGCAAUGCAAUACUUACUUGGUUGGCACAUGAUUAGAUCUAUGUUUAAGACUUUUUAACAAAUGAAGGUGCAAGUUUUAUCUCUCUAUGAGGAGGAGAGCUUUUGGGGGUUUCAGAGUUUGACAGCAACAUUAUUUGAGAGCUUUAAUUUUAAAGUUUUUAAUGCUAUUAGAGCUUGAGUUUUGUGAUAACUUUGAUCGAGUUUAAGUUGCUUCUUUGGAUAUUUGUAGUUAGAUUUGUUUCUCAGCAAAUCCAGUUAGACUACACAAAAGUACAAUCAGAACAAAGAAGUUCUUUAACACAUUUACAGUAUACUUGAUAAGAAGUUCACCGGCUCCAUCAGUUGCAAUUUGAGAGGGACAAAAUGAAUAAAGUACAUGAGAUGCACUAAUAAACCCGUGGAAUAUAAACCAGGACAAAACUUAAAUAAAAAGUGCGUAUAAAUAAGAGUGCCUGCCAUGUGAGUGAAAAGCUACUUUUAUAUUUUUUUGUUAUGCACCUUGGAACUAAAAAGCUUCAUCCAUACAGUAGCACCUGAAAUUCAAAGUUCAAUGAAUGGGAGUCAUCAUUUGAAAAUGGGUACAACAAACUGGGUACAACAUGAGACAACUAGAAAAGCACUCGGAGAGCGCAGACCUCCACCAAGCAGCUCAUGUGCCCCCUUAUAUUGUGAUUCACACCAAAACCUUUAGUGUUUAGUGUUAAAACUUGUGCAUACAAGUGUCAGUUUUGUUUUUAAAUUACAGCAUAUUGUAUAGUUACAUAAUACUUAGGUGUUUUCAUGUGUUCUUCAGAAAAAGGGAUUAACUCACUCCAAUAUCUCAUCAUGGUCUGUGUGUGUGUGUGUUUUCUGCAGGUGUGGAUUUCUUCCUGGUGGCGGUCCACGAGCUCGGUCAUGCUCUGGGUUUGGAGCACUCAGAUAAUCCCAGCGCUACAAUGGCUCCUUUCUACCAGUGGACGCACACACACAACUUCACACUUCAUGAGGAUGACAUCAGAGGGAUACAGCACAUAUACGGUGAGAGGCGCAUGCUGCACUGAUACACCUGUUUAUUAAUCCUAUUGUGGAGUUAUUCAGAGACGCUAUCAGCAGCACUUUGAGAUAAUGACGUGGGAAGACCUCAAGGUUACAUAUUUAUGCUUCCCAGCUACUGCAAAAGUAUUUGUUAUGUGAGGCUCACUGUUUGUACUUUCGCCAGCAAAUAUUUUUCUCAGAAACAUUUCACCUCAUUCCAAGAUAGCAGUGGAGGCUGCAAGCUUUGUAUGCCUCGUUAUGCUAUUGUUAUGUUGAACUUUGGAGCUGAAUCACAUGUAACCCACAUGUUUGUUAAGAACUUAGUCUUUCCACUCCUCACAAUUCAAAGUAAGGGACUACCAUCAAGACUUGCUGUACUGUAUGUACUUAAGUAUGUCUGUUAUUUCACAUUGACAGUAACAAUUGAAAUCAAGUUGAUCUAAAAUGGCAACCUUCACCAGCAACACAGGAAUUUGUUGAUUUUUCAGCUACUGAAGGACACGGACAAGACUAAACAGUGAACUUCAGCGUUAGAUAACUUCCAGAUGAUUUCUACAUUCAUAUACAGACUGCUUUAGCGUUUGAAUCAGUGUGAUCUCCAUGUGCAGAAUGUGCAGUCAGCUAUGAUUUGAGGUUAUGUCACACUCAUCACAUCUACAUGUCGGUCAGAACUGGCCUCAAAAGAAGCUUUGUGGAUGCACAUUUGCACGCACAUGCCACCACACACACACACACACACACACACACACACACACGCACACACACACAUAGAUUGGUGAAAUCUUAAAAACAGCAUAUCAUGCAUGCCAUUAUGAUGUUAUCAUGCUUUCUCUGUUUGAAUGGAUGGCAUUGUAUGCUGACAGAUGGCAUCUUUGUGUGUGUGUCUGUGUGUGAUAGUUAGUGAAAAGCUCUAGUAUGCUGGAGGUUGUACUUUACAUGAGUGCUUCUGCUGAUGAAAUUAGCUAAAAAAAAAAAAAAACUCAAAGGUCCCAUAUUGUAGUUUUUUUUAUGUUUAUUCAUUACUAAUUCAGCCUCAGUGAAGAUCUGCAGCCUCUCAGUUUCUGACCUCACCAUCCAUGUAGUGAUCUAAGUGGGCAGGGAUGCUAUGUUAAUGACUGGCUGCUCAGAUGUUAUCUGAGGUUGUAGGGUGCAGAUGGAUGCAGAAGUGGAAAAACACCAAAACAAAUAAAAAAACUUGGCCAAAUUCAAGUCAGUUUUUCUUUCAAGUAUAAAUACUGUAAACACUGUGAUAUAGUGGCAACACUCACAGGUGGCAUGCCUUUUGUUUUGGUCAUGAACUGAAGAUAUGAGGGUGAAACAAACACAGGUUUGUACUCAUGAAGCACUCUGAGGUGAAGCGGCUGUGUUGGAGUUGCAGUUAUCUUGUCUGGCUCUAAUCUUUGACUUCUUGAUUCUUCAGCACCAAAGCAAAAUCACAGUAGUGUAAGGAGAAAUAGCUUCAGUAUUUGCAUGCAUACCCAUAUAAAGUGCUCUGGUUGUUAUGUCACCACAGAGGGCAAUUCAGAUCCUGUUGUGGUGGUUAUGUUUUCCCAGAGGAUGAUGGGCUGCAGGAACAAUGCAAAGCUGGCUCAAGUGUGAAUGUAAAGGCGAGGAAAAACAUGCUUUUAACUGUCUGUGACCUUUAAACCGCAGAUUCUGAGUUAUACAGAUACAGUCAACCCACAAAUACUCACAAAUUCUUUUCUAUCCUUCUAUAUCUAUAAUGUUCAUCCCUGGUCAAAUCUACUUAAUUUUGAGAAAGUUUUACAUCGUUGUGUUCAUUCUUUCAUAAACGCAGACAACUCCCACUUAUUCAAUCUCCCGCUCUGGACUGAAUAUGAUAGAGUUACAAUUACAGUAAAUCAAAUCUGUCAUAUUUUGAAGGUUUUCUGCUGUAAACACCAUAAGGUCAAUGUUUUGCCGAAGUUAAUACAGUAAAGUGCCGUUUAUUUCACAGAUCUGGUGUUUUUAAUUUAAUUGAAGCUUGCAAUAGAUAAGACAGUUUUGUAAAAUAAAGAUAAAGACUUACAAAGCUCAAACUUUGUCGGUUAAAACUUUAUAUUUGACUCUUUUUGUAGGAAUUUGAGGUAACGCUACAGCCUUAAAGAUCUUUCUGUCUUUGUAUCUUGUUUACCAUUCAGCUGUUUAGUUGACAAACACAGAGUCCUAAAGGUGGAGUAGACGAUUUCUCAGUUACUGCUCAGUGUUAAGUCUGUAUUACCUUUUUUUUCCACCUGUUGUUAAAAGUAGUAAGUUCCAAAUCUUAUAUCUUAUCAAAUCAUAGAUUUGAGAUUUUUAUGAAUAGGAACAUGAUAAAAUACCUAGUGGCCAUAAGUCUGUGUGUUCUUACCAUGUGUAGCAUGAAGCCUCUAACAAACAGAGCUUAACAGGUUGCAAUGAGGAGGGUGAAUAUGAGGCAAAAUGUUAUUUAAAAGUUUACAGGUAUGAGUCAAAAACAUUAAAAAGAUGAGAGCUUUGGAGCUGCAUGGGACUUGAGACAGGUGUACGGUCACGCCUACAGGCAGGUUUGGUUAAAGGACAGGUUUCAAAUUUCAGGGUUGAGGUUACAGGAUACAGUUUAUGAAGCAACACUGGCAAUCUGUCAAGACAUCAGAGACUACGGCCCUUUAUUUACACUGCAGGGCUGAUAAGAGAAGGAGGAGACAGGGGAGUGUGAGGAGGUGAUAGAAACUGGUAUGAUAGUGUGAGAACAUCAGGUGGAUUAAAGGUGGAGGCGCAGCUGAAAUGUGCAACAAAGACUCUGAGGUUAAUGUCUUGCCAAAAUAAUCUGGGAAAAAAUAGUUUCUUUAAAAAAAAAGAAUGUCAAAAACUUGGUUCAUGACUUGGCAAGGUUGUAAUGUGAACACUGUAUGAAUUUGUGUUUUCUAUCUAAUCUUGUGCUCACGUGUAAAGUCUGUGCGAUAACCACGUGUUGCUGCACACAUACAGUGACCUGGAUAAAUUCUGAGUCAUGAAACAGUGUGUUAUCUCUCCAGUGACACAGUUGUCUCCAUGACAUGCCUAAAGCUUGUCAACACACUAAAGCUGUGUAACAUCAGACAUCCAUUAAAUACACAGAGAGAGUCAGAACCAGGAAACAGGGGCUGAGGGAUCAAAAACUAGCACUUUCAUAUUGGUGUCCUAAUGCAGAAUGAUACACUGGCUGCAUGCAUGUCAGAAAAUCACUGUAGUUGAUGACAGAUAGGAUAAGAUUUUACCAGCAACAAAAGGAGCAAGCAUCAAUUCUAUCUUGUUCCUGGCUGCUAAGUUAAGCCCCUUUUUUUGACCCCAAGAUGACUUCAACAAAAUCAGGUCAUACGACAAUUAGCUCUCAAACUUUAAUGAUACAGCAUGUCAGAAACCAAAGAAUAGCCUGUUAUGUGUGUCAUAAAGUGACAGGGCCUGUUAGUGUAUUUUGAGACACCUGUCGACUAUAAGAAAUAAAGAUUUAUUCAUCCUCAUGAUUUGUGGACCAUAGUCACUGGACAACAUGAGUCUUCAUAUUGAGCUCUGUGUGGUAUUUUUAGAUGAGAAUAACUGAAUACAUCUGUGAGGCCAUCAGCUGUCUGAACGUAUUACAUAAGUGCCUUUAUCCACGUGUUUUCUCCUCUUAGCAACCAGCCGGGCCGAUUUUUCCAAAGAGCAGCAGCAGCACAGUGGCAAUUAAUCAAGCGAGCCUUGAGCUGCUGGACAAAAUGGAAAAUUAGAUUUUCUUUGUGUGUGGGAGAGAGAGAGAGGGGAUAUUGUGCAGGAAGGGAGGAGGAUAUAAUGGAUGUUGUUGAUGUCGGACGUCACACAGAAAGGCUUGAGGAAUUUAUUUCAGCCAGAAUCAAGUUUUUUUUUUUUUUGUUUAAGAUGAAAAUAGGAGAGGAAAAAUAGUCUCUUCAUUGUUGUAGUUUCUCUUUCUUGUUCUAACUCUCCACCGUUUUCCAAGCAGGUCCUCCUCUUGUCACUGAUGCUCCUCCAACUUCUCCACGUGCACCUGAUGAUGAACCCAAAGAUGACUCACCCACGUCCCCCUCUCCUCCUGAAUAUGAACCCACCCCCACUCUCUCAACCAACCCUCCACCAAACCCGACAGACAGCAGCCCACAUCCCCCAGCCCGACCAGAGACGAGUCCCAGCCCCACCUCACCUCCUAUUCCUUCCACCGUCGCUCCCACCGACCCCCUGCCUGAUCCUGUCACCCCAUACGUAAGAAAAGACGUCCCAGCGCCACCUCCUCGACCCCCUGCUCCUCCAAAACCUCCAAAAGUGCCAGAAAACCAGGCCCCUGAUAUCUGUGACGGGAACUUUGACACGGUGACAGUGCUGAGGGGAGAGAUGUUUGUUUUCAAGGUAAGACACAACAACAAGUUCUCAGGUGUCUGUACUGUACUGAACCUCUACAUUUACCACCUUUAAUUCUCUUUGGAAGAAUAACUAUUUUCGAGUUUAGUCAUCAUCAAUAAGGGAGGUUACAUAAUGAUGAAACAUAGCAAGGAAGGUUGUUUAAAAGAAAUAGAGAAAUAAGCAAGGGGGAAAUAGAAGAGAGUGACCACUGGCCUUUCUUACAUGUCACUCUAUACUCUCCACCUCUCCUGUUUCUUUUCAGCUGUGCAAUCCAAGAAAGUUAAGAAAAUCCAUAACUUUUUUUUUUUAAUUUCUUUUAUUCGGAUUAAAAAAUAAAAAAAACCCAAGUGAAGGACUGAAACUAUGCAUGUUAUAGACACUGAAAAAUUGUAGUUCAGCAUUAGCAAACAGCAAGCAGUGGUAAAGGCGACAGUGAACGCAAUAUACAAUAUAUAAUAAUGUAUAAAGACAUGAAUAUGUGACCUGGAAAUGUUUUAAUGAAGCAGUAACAUGACCUCAAGGAUAGAAAAGAAGAGCAGCAGAGUACAAGUGUCUUGUGUUAGGAGUAUCUGCAGCAAUGUGGCAGCCAUCCUCUCAGAUAGUAGAGAAACAGCUAACAGCUAGAAACAGAUAAUCCUUAUCCAACUAACUAAUGUGGACUUGAAGCAGAAACUUAUUUACCACUUAUAUAUUUUGAUUUAAUUGAAUAUGAGUUUAGACUUUAAACAUCAUCUCUGUGCAAACCUCUGUUGACUGUCCUUUCCUUUUUAAGAAUGAUCAUACCUGAACCAACUCUACAACUUUACUUUGGCUACCUCUGGAUGCAAAAACACUGUCCAGUCUGAACGUUUGUAUAGGGUUGCACAAAUGUGAAGUCUUCAUUUCUUGCAAGAGAAUGUUAGCAACAGUAUUUUGAUAAUAGAAACUAGGAUAAAUAUGUAUGUACAUGCAUCAUAAUUUGCUUUUGUCAUGCAGGGUCGCUGGUUCUGGCGGGUGCGUAGGAACCGGGUUUUGGAUAACUACCCCAUGCCUAUAUCUCUCUUCUGGAUCGGCCUGCCCAGUGAUAUUGAUGCCGCCUACGAGCGCCACGACGGCAAAUUCGUCUUCUUUAAAGGUGCGUUACAGAAGUUUUAUUCCCGAGCGGUAACACCUUUCACUGUGCUGCCGCAGCCGCCACAUGCCGUGAACUCACCAAUAACAUGUCCAAACCUUGCCUAAGGACACAAAAAGGCCAGUUAGUUCCAGCUCUGCUUCUUAGCCAGAGCCAGCAGGGAGCUCUUCGAGAGUGCUUUCUAUAAACACAAGAAUGGGAGUGAAACUAAAAAUCUGAUCUUGACUUGAUUUGAACUGGUCAGGCUGAAAGGAAAUACUGCCAACUCAGCAUGUUUUUUUUCCCCACGCAACAAGAUUUAUGAGGAUAUGGUAAUAAUUCAACACAGCUAUAACUCUCUGAACACGCCAGAUGUACACACCCACCCACAGAAACACACACACAGACAGAUACACACAAAUAUUUUUUAGAAAAACAAGAAGGCAUGUGGCUGCAGAUAAAGACCUUUGAGAGUAAAAGGUUCUGAGCGUGUGUUUAUAUAUAUAUCUGCACACAGAAUUUGCGUGUGUAUCUCUGUAUGUGUGCAUCAGUGUGAGUCUCUGAGUUCACCGGGUCCCUUGAAUGAGGUCUAUGCAGCGUGGCGUUGUUGCUUGCCCAGUAUGACUCCACACCAGCUGAGCUCAAACAGGCCUCAUGGGAGAAACGGAGGAUUGCAUCAGCCUUUCUGCAGAGCAGGGCUCCAGAUGUUAACAUGGACAGAGCCUUCACUUUUACGGUCUGGCUGUGUGGUGAUUAGUUCUGCAUUUUUAUUCAGAGCUUCUGAUUGUGGAUUUACGCUCUUUUAAAUUCCACAGGUAGCUCCAGCUGAACUUGGUUGUUGUCAUGGUUUUUGCCCUUUGAUUGAAGUAGAGAUGGACAGGCUAAAGACGAGCUGCACAAGUUGAUCUUCCUUUUCCGUGGUGGUCUUUGGAAAGUACAGUUCAUGCAUCUAAAGCUGCAGAAAGGUUGGCCAUAUAAACCCAAGUGAAACAAGGCAAAACAUGCACUCAAACCAUGAAUUAAAGAGCCAAUAGAAGGAGCCCCUGUGCACAAACGUUGCUGUUAUGGUUUCAGUAUGUUGCAGAGCAGCAGUGUGCUGGCACUUUGGGUGGAAAGUGGCUGCAAAGUGUGCCCAAGGUUAAGGUUAAAAACUGGCUCCCUCUUUAGGGAAUCUUGGAAAGUCGAUGUAAUGCCCAUUAUUUUUACCUUGGAUGUCCUUUCUACUUUUCAUCAGGAGUGAGGUGCAGGACUUGUGUUUUGGCCUCUCUGCAUGUGUCGCUGAUUUUUCCCCCUCCUUCUCUUCUUUACCUCAUUUUACCCCUUUUGAACCAGGUAACAAACACAGCAUUUUGAGGAUGAAAGGAUAACACCAGUUCGUUUAGGAUAAUAUUAUGCUCUACACUUUAGUACAAGGAAUGAAUGCAUUUAUAUACUCUUUCAGUCAGCACUUAAAUGUGUGUGAAAUAACACCUGGAUGCACUGGACAGCAGAGUAAUGGUUAUUGUGUUACCCAUCACUAGUGCAGGAUCUUUGUCCACUGUGCACGGGUCACACUGUAAAGUGACUGUUUUGACUAUUAUUUGCGACGAAUGAGCGAUAAAUAAUUAUUCCGCCAAGGAGGUUAUGUUUUCGGUAGCGUUGGUUUGUUUGUUUGUGAGUUUGUUUGUCUGUUAGCAACUUUACGGAGAAAGUAACAGACGGAUUGACCUGAAGUUUUCACCAGAGGUGUGUCUCAGCCCCAGGAGGAUCCCAUUACAUUUUGGUGGUGAUCCGGACAAAAUUCUGGAUACUGUGAUCCAGAACACACAAAAAUAAGGGUGUCGUUGGAAUUUUCAAUGCUGAAAGAUAACCAAUGGGCGGCACAGUGGUGUAGUGGUGUAGUGGUUAGCACUCACAACCAGAAGGUCCUGGGUUCUAAUCCCGGUCAGGGGACCUUGGCGGAGGUCUGCGCUCUCCGAGUGCUUUUCUAGUUGUUCAUGAUAUAUCGUCAGAAAAAUCAUCCUUGAUAAAUACUUGCCAUCUCAUGAUAAAUAUAAUAAAUGCAAGUUGAUGAUGUAAGCGCGAGCGACAGACUUGCAGCCGUAGCCCACACAGAGCAGAAUAAGAAACAAACAUGGCUGAAGGUAAUAAAGAAGACAUUUCUAAGCAGGUUGUUGUAAAUGAGGCUCUACAUGAGGGAUUUCCUUCAAGAUUGGGGUUUAGAUGAGUGCGAUCAGGUAUGCCUGACAUCAGACAGUGGAUCUGCUGCUCUUCACUCUGUGCAGUAAGAGUUUUCAACAAAUGUUAAAAAUGUUUUCACAUUUGAGACUUGUUUGAUGUCACUAGUUUUCUCCAUAACCUACCACUUAACCAUGUGGUUAAGUAUCUUAUUUGACAACUCCAGCUGGUGUUCUCAAGACAAAACUAGUCAAAAACAUAGACUGGAAUUAUAAUAUUAAAUCAUUGUCCCCAGAAUGGCAAAUCUUACAGUGAUAAAUUUUUUAGCCCAUAUCGCCCAUCCCUGAUAUUCGCUGCAUUCAAAGCUCUGGUUUCCAAAAGGAGCUGAGGACUGGAUCAUGCCACUUUGACAUGUCAGCAGAAAGAUUGGUCAUGUUGCCAAUGUAUUUGACUUUACCUUUACAUGCACGGCAACUAGCUGCUGAUUUAUUAAGGUCGCCUCCUAUUUUACAAAAGUAAAAAAGAAAUAUGUCCGCACUUCAGACAUGAAACCAGGGACUCCAUUAUCUCUCCUUGGUCUUUAUCAGCCAUCAUGAUGCUGCUAGCACAUACCCCAAAUGCUGCCAAAUGGGAGAAUAACCUCUGAUGUACAGUGUAGAUUUUCUUAUCUCAUAAAUGCAUCCACAAUACCAACAUUUGAUGUGUCAAAUGUAUGGCAGUUUCUCUGAAUUGUUACAACUGAUUCUUUUCUUUGUGAGAUGAUUAUGAAUCAAUAUCAAAAUCAGUGCAUUAAUGUAAUGGAUGACUUGUUACACUCCCAAAAUAAGCAUUAUCUCUUUGUCCCUGCAGAUGAUCGAUACUGGGUGUUCAGAGAGGCUGACGUGCUGCCUGGAUACCCGCAACCUUUACAUGAAUAUGGACGGGGAGUUCCUGCACACAAGAUUGACACAGCAAUCUGGUGGGAGCCCAACGGGUACACGUACUUCUUCUCUGGAGACAGGUAACUGAAACAGACAAUGAGACAUGGACCAAGGUUUGAACCUAUUAGAUGUAAAUUCACCCUCUGCUCAUUUACUGUCUAUGUGCAGAUACUGGCGGUACAGUGAGGAGACCAGGACUACAGACCGGGACUUUCCAAAGCCCAACACUAGAUGGGGAAAUAUCCCUGACUCACCCAAAGGAGCCUUCCUCAGUGAAGAUGGAGGUAAAUAAGAACUCUAAAUAAAGCAAAUAAUGUCACUGUGUGGAGGAUCAAAGCAGUUGUGUUUAUUAUCACCACAACAGACUCUAGGAAUAAACAUAGAUCCAGGGCUGAAGCAGGAGCACAGCGAGAGUGAAGAGAGGUGGAGGGAGAGAAAGAGCGAAAGGUUAGAGGGUGAAAUGGGGUGUGUAAGAGACAGGGAGGGAAAAACUGACAUUUGAAGCUGGUUAGGCUGCAGCCAGCAGAGCAGAGCAUGAGGGAGAGAGAGAGAGAGAAAAGAGUGAGGGGAUGAGAGAGAGAGGGAAAGAGUGGAAUGAGAGCUCUGGUUUGAGGGUUGGCUCGUCCUUCCUUUGGAAAUUAGAUUUGUGGCUGAGCUGCUCUAAAUGCACUCUGUAGCAGUUUAUCUCAUCUACACCCAAACUGCUCUCAUGUCUAUGUAAGCCUGCCUCUUGAUAGAAGGAGCUGCAUUUACACCCAGAGCUGUAAGCCAAAAAAGCAUUAAAAAGUCUGAGUGUUCAUCUAUAGAUGCGUGAUUUCAUAAGAACACACUUUGUGUUUUGCCUGCUUACGAGUGCUAGUCCAGGCAUGCAAAAGUCAUUCCUAACUACAUCAAGUGCAAACGCUAACCUGUUCCCCUCAAAACUGUGAUUGUUGUGCUUUUUGUUUUCAGUUUUUUUAUAAGAAAAAAAAUGUCAUCAAUGGUAGUGUAAAUUUGAUAGACUUUGUUCAUUGAAGUUUACAGUUCAAUCACUUUUCUCUGUUACAUGAACUUGUUCACAAAAAAUUGCCUACUUUCAUUCCACCAAACACCUCCUAUCCAAGGUGUUUUUGAAAGCAUUUCCUCCUUUCAUUCAAGAAUUAGACCAGGGGAUCAGUGUACCUCCUGUGCAGGAAAACCAAAGCCAAGGUAUGAUUGGUUAAGUUUAGUAAUAAGGGCAGGAUCAUUGACUUCUGUUGGGUUCAGACAUCAGAAUAUUGACCUGAUAGUUCCUCAUACUAUUUGUUUGAUUGAUGCAAAAAGUGAAAAGUACAAAAUCUUUCCCCCCGGUCACAUUGAGAAGAUGGUAGCAUCCAGUUUCCAUUUCAAAUGUUGGAUGUCGCAGGCAAAGCUUCAAAUUGUAAGAUAAAUGUGUGCUGGUGUAUUUGUAGGAGGAGUCGCUGGUCGCUCUGAAUGGCUUAUUCAAAAGGUCACAUGAGAGUGCAAAUGACGAGAGAUUUGCCAACAUGUAACAGUAGUUACAGCAGAGAGUGGGGGGGAGACAGGCAGCAAUGGGUGGGAGUAUGGGGGUUGCUGGGUGAACAGGUACCCAAACAGCUCAUAGAUUAAUACACUUCACUUCUCAGUUUUUGUAUGAAUUAUCAACUUAACACUGAAGGUGGUCAGAUAUGGAGAUCUUGGUAACCAGAGAUUGUUGUUCCUUCACUAGCUGUUCCUAGAUAGUUGUGUUCUCAGUUUACUGUCUGUUAACCAACCUCAGUCUGUAGCUUUAAAUCUGAAGUUAUAGAAAUGAGACCGUAAAAACAUCUGCUUUCAGCUCACAGCAAGAAAGUUAGAAAUAUAUACAUUACAUAGACAUUCAGCUAUUCCUUUAAAAGUAUUUCCUGUAAUAGAUCCAAGAAACAGUCAGACUUUACUUAUAAUAAUAAAAAUAAGAUUUUGACCGUUGUUAACUCCAUCUGUGACCAUACUCAUGAUUGAUAUUCCACUCCAAAGCACACUUUCAAUCAGCCCGACUGUGCCUACUUUUGCUGCAUGCCUUUUGCAUCACCAGCCACCUGGAAACAAAGCUGUCAUUACCACAGCUGCUCUCCACAUACCAGUUAAAAGGCCUCACCUCCACCCUGGCAUCUGCAAACUUAGGAUAUAGCUACCAGUGUUUAAAAGACAGUAAUGUCUCUGAAGUUUCUUUGUAAGAGCGACAAGGUUAGCGCCCAGACAUCAAAUAGAAACUUUAUGCACACACGAUUAAAUUCAUCUAAUAAUGCACUGUUAGUUGUCUGGCAUAAACCUAACUUAUCCUCUUUCCCUGCAGCUUACACCUAUUUCUACAAAGGCACCAGUUACUGGAGGUUUGACAACCGCAGGACUGAAGCAGACAAAGGCUACCCUCGCUCCAUUCUGAAGGAUUUCAUGGGCUGUGUUGGGGUCCCUGACCCGAAGCCCGACGUGGACCCUGAGCAGGAACCAAAAGACAAACCAGUCAAUCCUUCAGACCGAGGCAGAGAUGAACACAAAGAGCCGGACACAGGCAGAGACAAAGAAACAAACCCUGAGGAAAACCCAACCCCUGACAGCACAGAGGAGGAGGAGGAGGAGGAGGACAAAGAUGUGAAAGUGGUUGUGACCGUGGCCGACAAUGAAUCGAAAGUUAUGACUCUAAUCAUGGUGUGUGUUCCUCUAGUGCUCAUCCUGUGCAUCCUCGUCCUGAUCUACGUCAUCCUCAGGACUCUGCAGAACAAAGAGACACCAAGGGCUCUGGUGCACUGCAAACGUUCACUGCAGGACUGGGUGUGA